AUGGAGCCAGGGGGCCCUCAAGGAAAGGUCGCGACUUUAACGGUUAAAAACCGGAGCCAAGAAAUCCGAGCAGGGAUGCCUGGGAGCAUCUUGUUGCUCUUGUGGGUGGACCGCGCGCAGCACGCUGAGGCUCUGCGCGCCCGGCCCCACCGCCUUCUCUCCUUGCAGGGGACGGAGCCUCCGGCUGGGACGCCCGCGGGCCCCCCGGGGCCGGUCCGCCGGACACGGAAGAGCACAUUUCAAACCUUCAGGAAAGAAGUGUGCCUCACAUAUCAUUCGAUGUACCCUGGCCCCUGCGCUGCUCUCCGGGAGCCCACCUGCUGUGAGUGCCAGACCAGAUUCGGAGGCCGCCUGCCCGUGCCCAGGGCUGAGGCAGCUCUGCCUUACUGGGUCCCUCAGUCCCUGAGACCCCGAAAGCCGAUUGCAAAGAGGGUCCGGUUUCAUAUCCCCCAAACCACCAAGAUGUGCCCCUGCCCGUGCCACCGCUUUGGGGGCCACCUCCCAGUGCCCAGGGACCAGGCAGCGAUGCCCUACUGGGUGCCCCGGGUCCUGAGGUCACAGAAGCAGGUGGCGAGGAGGCAGCGGAGUGCUAGAGGUAUCCAAGAAACCCUUCUGGACUCGAGUUCCCAGCACAACUGCUGGCAAGUCUGCUGCGGCGACAGGCACCUCCUGCUCAGGUGGCAGCAGCUCCAAGCCCUUCACCAGGACAGGCCACCUGCUCCAGGCCAGGGAGCCAGCGCCCCCGCCCCCCUGCUGCCCAUGGGCCUUGGCUUUCUCGUACUCCUCCAGGCCGUGCUGAGGGUCAUCGUGGCCAUUCGCCAGAUUUUUUGGGUUUGAAGUUGGAAUCUUCAGCUGCUGUCAAGAGCAUCAACAAAAAUGUUAGUCACAAUCAAGAUCUUCAACGACAGUCCUCCAAUUGGGAGGAGUCUGUGAUGUCCAUAUUUUCUCAUAUAAUAUAAUUCACACCCAAAAUCCAACCCAAAUUAUUUACCAUCAGGUGAUUCUUAGCUGUAGCGGAGUUGGUGUGGAUUGGGUGAGAUUCUAUUUUGAGUGCGGUCAAUAAACGUUAUUUGUGAA